AUGACCGCGACCUCCUUGCAGGGAUCAGACGUCCCAGCGCCCAAGUCUCUGCCUCGUCUGCCUGCCGAACUUCUGUCUUCCAUUUUCCGGCACCUUGAGCCAUAUACUCUGAAGCGCUUCCUCACGGUCUCUCGUGCAUGGUAUACCGAAAUCAUUCCAGUCCUCUAUAGCCGCCUAGUCUUCAGCAAGUACAAUCACGAGUCUCUCUUCUCUGGAUUCAAGACGCACAGGCGACAUAUCCGCGCCGUAGAAUGGACAGAAGAUUUUUAUGAAGGGAUGUCUUUCGAGGACGCCCAAGAUAUCCUGCUGGACAUCCCAACAACGGCGUCUACGGAUGGAUUGGAGAAAAGGACGCCACUCACACCAAGACCCAAUCAGCCGACUCUUCAGUCGCUUCGUCUUUUCAGCAAUUCAGAUAAUAUGAUGUUCCAGGACGAGUUCAUCUACCACUUCAUUAGCCUGACAGACUUGAGCCUCACCUUCGAAGGAGAAUCAACGAUCUAUAUUGCUCUGGACCGACUCUUUGAGGGUAUGCCCCACUUGAGAUAUUUGUCGUUGGAAGGCGUCGAAUAUGGACCCUUGGAUCCUGAGAGCAGGUCUUUGGAUAGGAAUGCGCCUCCGUACAGACUGGAGACGUUUUCGUUCAACGUAUGGCUACUCUAUGGGCAGAGCCAGGGUAUCAACGUGCUCCGACGACUCCAGAACCUUUCGUCAAUUCGCAUCAUCGACAAUACUUUCCUCAACUUGCGAAAAAAUCAACCUCUCGCUCUGGCUCAGAGCUUACAUGCAUCCUGCCCUAAGCUCAAAAUGAUCGAGACAGAAGGAAAGGUGCCUUUUUACUUCUACCUCUUGCCUCCGUCCGCAGAAUCUUCUCCCAUGAACAGUCAUGGACGGACCUACGAAGCCCAGCAGCAUCUGGAAGAGCAGCAACGACAACAAUGUGAGGACUCACUCGAGCUCUUUCCUAAGCUAACUACCCUCAUCUCCAGGAAGAACUGUGCCCUCUCAGCCGAAGAUCUGCGCUGUUUGGGAGCACGCGCACAGUUUCUGACCCACGUGGAACUGGGGGACUGGAACAUCGAUCUAGAUAACCCAAUUGGAUACGUCGCAGAUUCCCGCGGCGAUAGCCAUGGUCAACGGGACCCAAGGGCGCAGUGGAGACAUCUGCUCACCAGUCUGGACCUGCAGAUCUUUUUGGAGACAUGCCAACAUCUGAGGCAUUUCGUCGCGAGGCGAACUAUUCAACUGAGUGAUAUGACUCCACCGAAUAGGACCCUGUCCGCGAUCUAUUACAUGCCCAAUCGUAACGGCCGGACGGUUCGAGCGGCGAAACCCUGGGCGUGCGAGCGAACGUUGGAGACCCUGGAGAUUGGGUUCAGGAUGGCAUCGACGGUACCGUCGGAUCAUCGAAUUGUAUUCGAGCAACUUGGACGAUGUAGGCGACUCAAAUCUUUGGGGUUAACGCGGUCGAAUUUGAUCCCAACGUUGAGGCAUGGGAUGGAUCUUUUGGAGGAUUUGGCCGAGACGUUGGAGGAGGUGAUUUCGUGGUCAUCAAACUGGGUGUGCGACGAUAAGGAGACGGUGUUGUGGUUGAUGGAGAGGUUCAAGAAACUGAAGAAAAUGGGGGUAAACUGUAAGGGUGGUUCAACGCUUGCGGAUCGGGUGCUGGAGUGGACACCGCGUUCGGUAGCAAAGUUUCUGUAG